AUGCCCCGGGUGGCGGUGGCGGCCCUAGCGCUGGCAGCUGCCGCGGCAUUCAGCCCGCUGGCCGCGGGUGCGCGGGCCCCGCAGCUGGGCGGUCCCGCGGCAGCGGGGGGCUUCGCCGAGGACGUGCUGAGCCUGUUCGGGGAGAACCGCAGCCUCUCGGCCGCCCAGCUCACUCACCUGCUGCAGACGCUGGGAGCCGCGCGGGGGCAGGGGGCGGCGCUGCCGGGACAGCACCACCUGCACCACAACGAGUGCAUGUCUGGUGAGGACAUCUUUUCACUUCAUGGUUUUCCAAACAACAGCCAGAUAACAAAUUCCAGCUUCUCUGCAAUAUGUCCGGCUGUCUUACAACAGCUGAUUUUUCACCCUUGUGAUAGUUCAUCAAAGCACAAGAACAAAUCUAAACCGACUCCUUCAGAAGUUUGGGGGUUUGGGUUCCUUGCCGUGACUAUCAUCAACCUGGCAUCACUCCUUGGAUUGGUUUUAACUCCUCUCUUGAAGAAGCCAUAUUUCCCCAAGAUUUUAACCUAUUUUGUGGGCUUGGCCAUUGGGACACUCUUUUCCAAUGCGAUUUUCCAGCUAAUUCCAGAGGCAUUUGGAUUUGAUCCUAAAACUGACAACUAUGUAGAGAAAGCAGUAGCUGUGUUCGGUGGAUUCUAUAUUCUCUUCUUUGUGGAAAGGAUUCUUAAAAUGAUACUGAAGACCUAUGGCCAGACUGGCCACACUCACUUUGAAAAACAUGAACAGAAUCCUCCUCAGGCUAAGGGUAAUCCACCCACACCAUUGAAAUCUAAUAAUGGGAUGACAUGCUACGCAAAUCCAGCCGUAAUAGAGCCGAAUGGAAAUCUCAGUUUUGACACAGUCAGUGUGGUCUCUGCUCAGGAAGAGAAAACCCAAAGCUGCUUAUGUAAAUGUUUAAAGGGACCCACAUUGUCAGAGAUUGGAACAAUUGCCUGGAUGAUCACGCUGAGUGAUGCCUUGCACAACUUCAUUGAUGGUCUGGCUAUUGGUGCGUCCUUCACCCUGUCUCUGCUGCAGGGACUUAGUACAUCUAUAGCAAUCUUAUGUGAGGAGUUUCCUCAUGAACUGGGGGAUUUUGUCAUUUUGCUAAAUGCAGGAAUGAGCACCUACCAGGCUCUGUUUUUCAACUUUAUUUCGGCAUGUUCCUGCUACAUUGGUCUGGCUUUUGGUAUAUUAGUGGGCAGCAACUUUGCUCCUAACAUUAUCUUUGCAAUAGCUGGCGGUAUGUUCCUGUACAUUUCUCUGGCAGAUAUGUUCCCAGAGUUGAGCGACAUGCUGAGAGAGGAAGUGACUGGAAGGAGAACAGAUUUAACCUUCUUCCUCAUUCAGAACGCUGGUUUACUAACAGGAUUUGCUGCUAUUCUGCUGAUUACCGUGUAUGCAGGAGACAUUGAGUUGGAAUAA